AAUACAAAAGAUGGCACCACGACCACUUUAGUAAACAUAAGUCAGCUAACUUUCAUUUAAGGAAAUGAGAACUUUAUCUCGUUCAGUAGGCCUUUAUAAAAUUUAACGACAAUGUUUUCACCUAUAACGAUUCGUACCUUUCGAAAUUUGACAUCGCGUAUUUCUCACGGCAGAUAUUUUUAUCCUCUGACUAAAAAGAACUCUUUUCAAAUUACUAGUACACAAAUUGAUGCCUUCUCUUCGAAAUCUAUGAAAGUAGCUAUUUUGGGUGCUGCUAGCAAGACUGGGAAUAGUCUUUCACUGUUUCUGAAGCAGUCACCUCUGAUCGAUGAACUGGCAAUUUUCGAUAAUAAAUGCGUUUAUGGUCUUGCGCUGGAUUUGAAUUAUAUCGACACGAGGUGCAAGGUUAGUACGUGUAAUUAUCCUGAAACGAGUCUCGAGCACACGCUCGAAGGAGCGAAAAUAGUAAUGAUCGUAGCAGAUGACAGGAUCAAAGAGAACCAACACGAAGUCUUGAAAUCUAAUGCAGAUAAGCUAUCAGAUCUACUGCCGAACGUUAUUAAAUUUUCACCUCAGGCUAUGGUCGCAGUCGUAAUGAAUCCGAUAAAUAGUUUAAUACCUCUGGCAAUGGAAAUGUACAAAAAGGCUGGAAUUUACGAGUACAAUCGUCUUUUCGGUGUAAUUAAUUAUAAUUGUCUUAGAGCGAAUACCUUCGCUGCAAAAUUUAUUGGUGUCGAACCAGAAUGUAUGAUAGUACCUGUAAUUGGCGGAGGUUGUCCGAAAACGUGUAUUCCACUUUUCUCUCAAGCAAAACCUUCCACCGAAUUAUCUCAGAUAGAGGCUAGCAGAUUGACACAGGCUGUAAGAAUACCCGACGAAGAGUUACUCACAUCGAGCAAAGUUAAAGAGAAAACAUUUUUAACUGUGUCUUUUGCGGCUGCAAGAUUUUGCAUGUCUCUUUGUAAAGCCUUACGACAUGAAAGAAACGUCGUGGAAUAUGCAUAUGUCAGAUCAUGCAUGAUACCACAACUAACAUAUUUCGCUGCUCCCUUGGAAUUAGGUCCUAAUGGAAUUCAAAGAUAUUUGGGUAUUCCACCUUUGAGCGAUUACGAGUGCGAGCUUCUUAAAGCGGCUAUACCUUUUUUAAAGGAAGCUAUCAAACUUGGAGAGACUCUUGCUCUUGGACACGAAAACAUUUCUUCCGAAGUAUGCCUGCAACAUACCGAUUCGUGUGAUCAAAUAAAUUCGCCUCGUACAUCUUCUUAACAAGCGAUAAUCGAAAGUACCAAAUAUUGUCUUUCGUACACUACUUCUUUUUUUUUUUAUUAAAAAACA